GGCCAGCUGACCCCUAAGUUUUCAGAUUUAGUUGCCAGCAAAAGUAUUUCAAUCAGUGAAAAGCAUGGAAAGUUAGUCGCAAGUGAAAAAAAUUCAGUCCCACUGGCGACCGUAGAGCUCUGUUAUUACUGAAGAUUAACAGUCCCAAAUGGGAACCUAAAAUAGCAACAAUCUUGACCUUAGUGUAACCCAAAUCACUUAAAUAUAUCAUCUCUCUUUGAACAAUGGUAUCUGCAGCACACAAUCAAGGGCACAACAAUAGAAGGUUAAUGGAUUAAGAGAUUUAAAAAGCCGCUGAUAAGUGAAAAAGGCUGAUUUGCUGUGUAGAAAUAAUGCUUCUAAGCUUUGAGAUCAUUUUAUGAUCAACUAAGAUUUGAAAACCUUUACAGUUCCUUUACCAAAGCAACAUUGUUUGCAGGUAGUUUAAAAAUUAUAAAACAAUAUAUCAGUUUUGUACGAGACAGUGUUUUGAUCUACAGGGUAAUGUUAAAUAAUUUACAGAGUGGGGGUGGGGAGUCAGCGAGGUAGAACUCUCUUGUAAAUCAAGACCCUUAUGUACCAGGCAUUGGUUUAGAUUCAUUUUAUCCCUGGAAAGUAACCAGAUGGUUGCACCAAACAGAUUGAAACAGACAUGGGCCGCAGAUUUUCCAGUUUUGCUUGGGUCCUAAUAAUUAUACCGUACUCGAAUAAACAUGUGGUCACUCAACUGAAACUUAUAUUAUAAACCCCUGAAAACAACUUGAAUAUUCCCUAAUACAGGGACUGUUAAUAAAAGGAAUACCCCAACCCCAGGUCAAACUAUGUUAUAUAGACUACAGUUUACAAAACAGUGGGCCAACCAAAAUUGUCUUUUACGCAGAAAAUAAUUAAAACGUGAAGACUUCAUGCUAGGUAACGACGCUGGAAAUACAUGCGCGCGAACACGUUUUACGUGGAGAAUGACUUCUAAGGGUUCAUGUUGCACGGCCGAAACUACUCUCCACAAGUUUUUCUUUUUGCACCAUGUAUCAAAAUAAACAACAUUUUAUGAUACUUAAUUGUCUUAAUCAACUAACUGGUUGUGGUCUUUGAUCGCUAAAUACGUACUCCCAGUUAGUAAACACAAGUUUCUACUACUUGUAGGAACGCGUUCAUCUGUUGUGCAUUUUUCGUAUACAUGGACGUGUAGUCGAAAAUUUAAUUUCAAAAAGCACGCAGCUUUCACUUACUCAGCUGUAUUUUACUGUGGCACGCAAUUUAGAUUUCUAAAUCUAUAAAAUCCAUGCACUUCAAGCUUUACUGUGGCAAUUAGACUGCCGAACCAAAUUGCAUUAAAACAUUUCUCUUACUAGUUUAACCGAAACGUUUGCAAGCUUUUACUUACCAAAGUUAGAGAACGCUUUUGUGGUUGUUAACAUCCAAGCAUCCAAAAUAUAACUGGCGUGACUUUCUACAUUUCCUUUAUGGGCAGAUGGAACAAUGUUUAACGAAAUGUCUGCACGUAGUUCGGCGAGUUGAUUGAUUUGAAACAUUAUGUAAUUGUCAAUGUAAACAAAUCUGACAGCUAGGACCAGUUCAACGCGGUCACUCGAUUUAUCUCGGAACAAACUAAGAUGACUCUAAAAUAUUUCCUGGAUCCUGCUAAGCUGAGCCCGUUUUUCUUGGGAAGAUGAGAGGGAAAAUGGCUAAAUCUAGAAUUAGAAGGUCUACUGCAAUGUUUACUGUAAACUAUGGACCAAGAUCUUAGAGAGUGUAAAAUGAAGAUCAGUGUUUAUUUUUGAUAUUUUUCAACUUAACGCUUUUUGGGUAGGACACGUACGUGUAUGCAGGCAUUCUAGUAGCAUUAGUGUGUACAUCGGAGUUCUGAUUCCAAUCAGAGUAACAUGCACUGGGAUCGGGCGAUGUUUUUUUUUUCUUUUAACAUGUCACGCAGUCUUUUCUCGAAUCAACAUUAACCACCCAAAGGAAGGAUUGCGUGACAAGUCACACGGGAUUUUUCCUGUGAGUGAGUGACUGACUGAAAGACUGUGUGACUGACUGGCUGGUUAACUGACUGACUAGUCUUAAGGCUGACUGAAUGGCUGACUGUCCCAGCGAUAGACUUGACUGACGGACUGAAAUGAUUCGAGCCGGAACUGAAAGGUGCCGUGAGUUAUAAGGCCACCCCCGUCCCCACCUUCUCCACGCCGGGCCGCCGAGGACCACCGCAUCAUCAAACGAACAUCUUGAAAAACACCCUUGCGAUAAAUAGACUAGACCCCAAAUUCCUUAACGUGUUCAAAGCCCCCAAAUACCCAUAAAGAACAUCACCGGGAGACCAGACAAUAUCGUCUGUUGUGUUAACCUCAAAACACAACAGCUUAAAAAAAUGAUUCAGUACAAUGAAAGAGCAAAAAUAUAACAAAAAAUUUCGGCCACCGCAGAAAGUUCUUUUACGUCUCCUUCACUUCAAUCCCAGAGUAACCCUCGAUCUGCCAAUAAUAAAGCGUUACCAUGAUACGGUGCAGUGGCCGUAUUAUGAAAUGGGCGGAUAGACGGGGUUUAUUCUUACGCCCUCUGCGUGGAGUGUUCUUAAAAUUUUCAACAUCAACCUUUAAAUGUUUUAGUUCGAUAUAUGUAUAAAAAAUACUUUUCACUUAUACAAAGAACUCGCAAGAAAUUGAUGGAAGCUUGUUUAAGUCUGCGUAAAAUGUAUUAAAUGCUGAAUUGUGAAGUUGUGUAAUAUAAUAAAUGUGCAAUACAGUGUGACGCAAUCUAGGCAUAUUGUAUGAUUUGGACAGCCAACUUGGCGCUGUUUCAGAGAAAGAAUGUCACAGCUACAACAUAAGCUAACAUACAAAAUUAUGAGCAAUAACUGCAUUAUCAUACAAAUGACAAAGGAUUACUCAGAAUUGAAGACACUCAAGGCUAUCUUUGAGGGUCAACGAGACUAACACGCCACGUGUCCAAGCGUGACCUUGCUCCCAGCUUCCUCGCGCUAUCCACUGAAAACAGGAACUACUCAUAUUGUUGAAAGCGGAUUUUAUCAUUGUAGUUGUUAACGGGCCUGUUUGAUACGCAGGUUUCAACAUGUCGACUAAAAGCCUUUUGUCUACCGUUGCCAUCCAUUACUUUGGCUUCACAAUGGCUGUGGACUAUUCUAUAGUGCUUUUGUCAGUUCAAGAACUUUGGUAUUCGCUCGGUGGAAGCACCACUUAUUAUGGCUUCAUGUUCGGAAGUUACGCACUCGCCCAAGCGGUCGUUUCGCCCUUACUGGGCUACAUUUCCGAUUUGCGAGGCUUAAAAUUCGCCGUAAUGCUGGCAUUGGCUGUUAACGUUACGGGAAAUGUGUUAUACGGCCUGUCUGUUCUUUCGCAGUCGCUCAUCAUGAUUUUCAUCGGGCGUUUCAUAGCAGGGCUUAGUGCCGGCUCGGUUACUCUCGCACUAAUCUACUUGACAAACACAACUCCAAGAGAAACUCGUGGAAAAUCCGUUGCUAGCUUCAAGCUUGCCCAAGCAGUUGGUCUUUUAGGAGGACCUAUAAUCGGCAUUUUUCUUGUGCCGCCACUAGCGGGUAAUAUCGAGAACAACGUUUCGAUGACCACGGGUAAAGUGUUCAAUAUGUACACAACACCGGCUUGGUUGGCGACUGCCAAUGUUAUUGUGAUAAUGUUGCCACUGGUGAAAUACUGCUUCAAAAACCCAAUGGCGCCUCAUAUGGCCAUGAAAUUUGACUACAAAGAAGCCAAAGGACUGAUAGCUCACACUACAGUGCUAACGCUAUCGAUGUUUUUCGGAACGGCGUGUUUCUGGGGUAUCAUAAGCGACUUAUUUACCCUCGCGUUCGGACAAUACCGACUCGUGUCAGCACAGAGAGACUUGUGGAAGGUGUAUAUUUCCGGUGGCAUCGCUUUCGUCUUCGCUGGAGUUCUGAUACGAGGUACAAUUCAUCGAAAAGUUUCUCCGGCCAUGUUCUCUAUUCUUGGACUAAUUGCUAACGUAUGGGGAUUUGUGAUGCUCCUCGACUACAAAAUCACCGAUGAACGCUUGAGGAAUGGCUUCUAUUUUGGAGCCGUGGCGCUCGCGACUUCCGGCGGUGCAUCUUUCUUCACCGGUGUCGGCGUUUAUUACUCGCAGAAAAUCACCGAUUUUAGCGAUCAGGCUCGCAAUCGUCGAGGACUGUUCCUCGGGUUCUUCAACUUCGCCGAAGCUCUCGGUCGAUUCGCCGGGCCAGCUUUGAUAUCACUGUUCCUUCGCUUAUCAAACAAAGGAAGCUCGCAGUGCGAUUCUGUCGAGUUUGACUCCACCAACUGCGAGGUUUCCAACGUGAAUGCAGUCCUCGCAUCCUUGUGCGGUAUCCUGUUUAUAAAUCUACUGCUGUUUAUAUAUUAUCAUAUUGUUCAUGGAAAGCGGCAAACCGAUGGCUUUCUACUCACGAAUACCGACCUUCCGAAUGCCUUAGAGGGUAGGCUCACUUUCAGGGACGACCAGGACGGUUUUAUCGACGGAGACAGAGAAAGAACUGGCCCUUUCCAGACCCAGAUGGAGCUCUCUCCCCCACAGAUUCGCAGGACAUCUUCACACACCUCUUCGCAGGAUGGCAGCGUACACACAGUGUGAUCUGUACAGCGUCAAGUUAGUUAAUAUUUGUACGCUUCAACUAUUGAAAAAUAACAGGACGCUUGUUACCUCUUUUAAGAGAGCACCCACACUCUUGCAUACUGCUGUUGGGGUGAAAUUAAAUGAAAUUGAUCUCUAAAUAUUUCCAUCCCGUGUCGGGGGUUUAACGUUGUUAUAUCCACAUGCAAAUUUAAUCAAUGGAAUUUAUUUCGAAUACGGUAGUUUUGCGCAUAAUUUAGUCACAGUCUUUUGUGAAGUGUACAUUUGUAAACUGCCUGAGGGAAGCGAUCGGCUUUUAAGUAGAAAGGAUGGAUAUGUGUUAAGCAAGGAACAGAAACUUGGUUUGAAAAUUUUGAGAUGAAUAUCAUGGGACAUCUGGCGGUAUUUAUACUCCUAAGAAUUCUGAAUAAACCUUCUCGAUAAUGUAAAACCCUUCAAAUUCCAAGAAAUGGACACCAACGUGGAACGAAAUUGACAUCUUGUGAAGCAACAUAAAAUUAUUAGAGAGCUUGAGCAAUGACAGCGGCGACCCCGAGGACAACGCCUAGUAAAAAAUGAAUUUAUAUUUUACCUUCGAGUUUUGCAGUUGUCUAGAUCUG